CGCAAUGUCUGUCUAUAAUGGCUUUGGUACCAGAGGUCAAGAGACCAAGUACAAUAAGUACCUCUACAACCUCUGAUUUCUCGUUCAACAUUCUAUGACAGAGAUGCUGAGUGAGGAAGCUAAGUUUGAUGAGUACAGAUUCAAAUAAAUACUUUGUCAAAAUCAUAACACGGAUGAGAGAGCUUGAAAGAGCCAAGUACUUGCCUCCUAAGUUUUCUUAUGCCUUUGAGAAUCUCUGUGAGCAUUAUAAUAUCGAGUUGCCUGAGUAUACCCAGACCAACUCCAAUCAGAGGCUGAUAAAGACUAGUUAUAACAAGAGACUUAAGAAAAGUAGUUCGAAGGGUUCGAGUAGUGCUAGCUCUACGACAGGGAGUAUGCUCGGCUAUUUCCGUAAAAAUCGACCUAAGUAUAAUAAGUCUAUCUAUUCCAGUGAGUCAAGCAUGAGCGUAAAUUCUCGGACUGGAAGAAUCCCAAAACAUAAGACUUCAAGAAAGAAUCUUAGAAGCGGAAAAGGUGUCAGAAUUCGAUUGACAAAGAAGAAAAACAAGAGAAUUCAUACAAAAUCAGUCCAAGGCCACUCAAUGUCCAGUGUCAACUCAUCCAUUAAUAGCCCUGGAGGGGUUAUUAAUGAGCGAAGCGACUCUGAAAGUGAAGGGAUGGCUAAGACUGAAUAUCAAAAGUUCGAAACUGCUUCUAAAGCUCCUAAACGCCCACUUAGAAGUUCAGCAAAAGAAGUAUCAAAAUCGUCGAAUCAUUACUCGAUCCCUAAUAAAACUGCCUACAACUCAGCGUUUCCGAAUCUCAAGACUGAAAAAGUAUCCAACAGACUAGUGAAGCGGAAGAACAAGGAUCCUUCCGAAAUUGGGUACCUAAAUUUCCCGACAAGAUCGACCCACAAGAUUAGUCAGAUGAGCAAUGAAGCCUUAAUGAAGAAAAACAUGGAGAAACUAAAGAACGAGAUGCUCCAAAAAUCAGCAGCUGUGGGAGGUGCCCUCACCCAAUUCAAGAAGAGGAAGCAGAGAAGAAUGAUCAAGCAGAUGAUGAACGAAGAGAAUAAUGGGUAUGGAAUAGAAUCUUAUGAUCCAAAAGAAACCAUGAAGCAGAUCCAAGAGAGAAAGCACUCUUUACGAGCACAAUAUCAUAGUGCUGGUGGCAGGAAAAUCGAUUUUUAUUAAUAUAUGGGGUAUUUAAAUCAA